CAUUUAGUUAGAGCUGGGAGCUCAUAAUAUUCAAACGUUCCGCAGUUAGCACAAUGAAAAAUAAAACAACGUUCGUCUGUAUCCUUGUGGUACUUACCCUUGGAUGGGCAUAUGAAGGCAGCGUCCGCGCAGAUAGCGAUAGUGACAGCGACAGCAGCAGCAGCAGCAGUGGGGAGCAUAAAUAUAAAUACAAAGAAAAGAAGAACAAGAACAAAUACAACUAUCCGGCGUAUCCGAGUCCGAACGCGUACAACCCGUAUCCCUAUCCAUACCCACAAAACAACUACAACCCAUAUCCGUACAAUCAGUUCAUGCCGCCUUACCAGCCGAACAGUUAUCCUUACAACCAGUUCAUGCCACCGUAUCCACCUUAUCAAGGGAAUUCGGCAGCGGCACCGCCACCGUCUGUAGGUCAAUAUCCAAACUGGAACAACUAUAAUGGACCUCCAAGUCAGCAACCACCUGUCGCUCCGGGACAGGGUCCACAACCACCAGCCUCAAGUGUAAUAAAUCACUCUCUAAAAGUCAACAAGGAAUACAACGAAGACGGACACCAUACAAAUUAGGAAUGUGAAAUAAAUAUUUGAUGACUCUGCGGCCAUAUUGUUUGUUUAAUUUAACGUAGAUUAAUGGCAAGCGGGGAUAGGCGCAGCGCUAGCGUAACCCUCUAUCUGCUUGUCGGAAGAUUGCGCACAACUCUCGGAUUAAUUUACAAAUUAAAAAACUGGGUUUCAAGAAAAUA